AUGGCUGACUUGCCUCCGCCACCGCCACCAAUGUCGUCUGCUACUAAAUCAGUUUACUGUGUGUUCAUUGUCAUGUUCUCUCUCGUCACUCUCGUCGGAAACACGACCGUCAUUGUUGCAGUUGCAAAAUUCCGUACUUUGCAAAAGCGCACCAAUGCCUUCAUCGUAUCGGUGGCUUGUGCGGACAUUGGCGUUGCAGUGUUGGCGAUGCCCUUUCGUCUGUACGAAGAGUGGAACGGGGGAUGGGAUCUGGGGAAGUGGCUCUGUCUGAUAGUGAACGCUUUUGAUGGCAUGUUCUGCACGGCGUCCAUGUGCAAUCUGUACACACUGGCGCUGGAACGCUAUCUGGCCGUGUGUCGACCUUUCCUGCACACGAAGAUACGCAACUGGACGACCGCUGUCAUCCUGGCCCUCUGCUGGCUCGUUCCUACAGCGCUGUGGUCAACACUGCUGCUCACGGAGUGGCACGUGAUCGGGAUAGAAGACAUGGUGGCGUGUCUGAGCCAAGGAGCCUGUCCAUUGGUCCUGAAUGUCCCAACAGCCUUGGCCGUGAGCGUCGGGACAUUCUGGAUACCCUCGGCCUUGAUGAUCCUGUGUUACUGGAGGAUCUUCCAGACAGCUAGACGCCACGCCAGGGCGAUACAGGACACCACCGUGACGACCGCGGAACAUGAUCGCAUCAAGGAAUUCAACAAAACGGCCAAGGCUGCCAAGACCCUCGCUAUCGUCGUCGGCUGUUUCUUCGUUUUCUGGCUGCCAUUUUUUGUUGUUGUCGUUGUGGACGUACUGACGGGAUAUGGACUGCCGAUCGUUUUAAAAAUAUUUGUCAUGUGGUUGGGUUAUAUUAACUCCAUGUUGAAUCCAUUCUUGUAUUACGCCUUUAACCGACAGUUUAAAAUGGCCUUUAAAUACCUCGUGUUAUCCUUCUCUGGGCAGCAACAUGAAGACUUAGAGAGUACAUAG